AUGACCCAACUAUCGUCAUUCACACUGCGUGUGAAAUUGACCAAUUUCGACCGCAUAAAGGCUCAGAACCUUUCUGAACAAGUCACUGCCAUCGUUGCAAACGAGUUGAAAGUAAAUAACACUCUCACUCAACUUGAUCUUAGAUGGAACCGAAUAUCCGAUAGAGGAGGUGAAGCACUAGCAGAAGCACUGAAACUAAACAACACUCUCACUCAGCUUGAUCUUAGACGGAAUCAAAUAUCCGGUAGAGGAGGUGAAGCACUAGCAGAAGCACUAAAAGUAAACAAUACUCUCAUUCAACUUGAUCUUGCGAACAACCAAAUAUCCGAUAGAGGAGGCGAAGCACUAGCAGAAGCACUUAAAGUAAACAACACACUCACUCAACUUCAUCUUCGACAUAACAAAAUAUCCGAUAGAGGAGGUGAAGCACUAGCAGAAGCAUUGAAACUAAACAACACUCUCACUCAGCUUGAUCUUGGAUGGAAUCAAAUAUCCGGUAGAGGAGGUGAAGCAGAAGCACUGAAAGUAAACAAUACUCUCAUUCAACUUGAUCUUGAGAACAACCAAAUAUCCGAUAGAGGAGGCGAAGCACUAGCAGAAGCACUGAAAGUAAACAAUACUCUCAUUCAACUUAAUCUUGAGAACAACCAAAUAUCCCAUAGAGGAGGUGAAGCACUAGCAGAAGCACUGAAAGUAAACAACACUCUCACUCAACUUCAUCUUGGAAAUAAUGAAAUAUCCGAUAGAGGAGGUGAAGCACUAGCAGAAGCACUGAAACUAAACAACACUCUCAUUCAACUUGAUCUUAGCAGCAACGAACUAUCCGACAGAGGAGGUGAAGCACUAGCAGAAGCACUGAAACUAAACAACACUCUCAUUCAACUUGAUCUUAGCAGCAACGAAAUAUCCGAUAGAGGAGGUGAAGCACUAGCAGAAGCAUUGAAACUAAACAACACUCUCACUCAGCUUGAUCUUCGACAUAACAAAAUAUCCGAUAGAGGAGGUGAAGCACUAGCAGAAGCACUGAAAGUGAAUAACACUCUCAUUCAACUUGAUCUUAGCAGCAGCGAAAUAUCCGAUAGAGGAUGUGAAGCACUAGCAGAAGCACUGGAAGUAAACAAUACUCUCAUUCAACUUGAUCUUAGCAGCAACGAAAUAUCCGAUAGAGGAGGUGAAGCGCUAGCAGAAGCACGGAAGAUAAACAACACUCUCAUUCAACUUGAUCUUAAUAACAACCAAAUAUCCGGUAGGGUAUGUGAAGCACUGAGAGUAGCGUUUCAGGAAGAUGGAAUAGUCAUUCUGUAG